AAUACGAUCUAUUAGUCUCGACUCUCGCGUUCAACCUUCUAAGACUCGGCAGCUAGGUUUUUUAGAGAAACAUGGGAGAAGGUGGAAUCAUGAGAACAGCAGCAGCAAAGAUUGCGAGUUUCAGUUUUCGCGGAACUCCUUCAUUAGUACCUGCUGAUAAUCAUGAAAGCAAAAUCAAAUCUUCGUCUUCGAUUACUAGAAGGCCGUCGUGGGAAAUCGAUGAUUGGGAUUUCGCUGAUCAGGAAGAUGAAGCGGAAGUUUUGUUAUCGGAUUCCAUUCAAAAUAUGCCUAGUAGGGUAAUAUUUGGAGGCGUUCCGAGUCUAGAGGAAGCUGAAGAAGCAACUUCAGACCUUAAAGUUGCUCUUGAUGAUAUGACAUCUUCCUUUGAUUAUGAAGAGCAUGAGUCAGAAAUUUCAGAAACUAAAGCAUGUGUUACUACCUCCAGUGAGGAUCCGAUUACUAUCCCUUCCGAGUCGGGACCUAUUUUGCAGGCGUUCUCAUUGCUUAAAGAAAGUCCUGCAGCUCAGAGUGUUGUUUCUUCACUUGCCUGUGACGAAAAUGUCUGGGAUGCUGUUAUGGGAAAUGAAAAGGUUAUGGAAUUCCUGAAAUUACAUCAGACUGAUAACGAAUACCAUGAGCAUAAAAAACCCUCGAUGUGCUUUGAAGACGUUAAACAGACUGAAGGUUUAGGAAACAUGUUUACCAAUACAGUAGAUACUUUCAAGCUUAAAGUAUUGGAGAUGAUGACCAGUCUAUCUACAUUAUUUCAAGAUCUGUUUGGAGGUCAAGCAUCAGGAAGCAACAUUCACUUAGAUGCCAAUGGGAAUGCAAGGGCAACCAUUAUAGACAGAAUCAAGGGAUCUUCAUUCAUGGCACUGGCAAUUAUGGUGAUUAUGGUAGUUAUUCUAAAGCGUAGGUAAAUGUUCUGACAUACAAAGCAUUCACUGUUCAAAGAUAAUAGUUCUCGAAGAUGUUGCAAGUUAUAUGUACAGAUCUAUCUUUUGUGUCUGUAAUUAUUAUUCGUCCCUCUGAAACCUAAAUUUAGACGUUUUAUAACUUUUGUUUUAUUAUUGCAACACUUGAGAUUUAGCUGGUGCAGUAUAUAUUAGUUCGUUUGCAACUUCUUCUG